AUGUCUUCGCAAUAUAGUGACUCGGAGAGCUCUGUCUCCAGCCAGACGAGAUCCAAAACCCCCUACCAAACAUUCCCUCUCGCCCACCCCCCUCCCAAAUUCACUCCCCGUCUCCGCUUCCUCCCACGUCUCCUGCUCCAAAUCCAACAACUCUCCUCCACCUCCCACCGCGUCCUCCCCAUCCACGACAUCUACCAGCCCCCCAUCCAGGGAAAACAUCUCCCCAAAUGUCCCCGCAAACUCCACGCCCGCGAUAUCUACAUCUUGCAGAGUGACGCGUACACUGACCUGCCUCCUGCCGCGCAAUCUGGGGAAACUACCGCAAUCCCGAAAUCGGAAAACUACCCCACCACCGCGGGGGUCAUCUACUUUUCUUCGUCAUCAUCAUCAUCAUCAUGUAAACGACAGCAAAAUCAACAGACUCAACACCAAGAAACCAAUCCCACAGAACUAUCAGCAACAGGGAGCACAGAUGAAAUCUUCUUCCCCUCCACCCAACAAUCCUACCACGUGAGCAAAUCCCCCAAGGGAUAUAAAUUCACUAGUACGUCCGCCAAGGACGGAACCACCACCACCACCACCACCACCACCACAACCCUCGAAUGGAGAAAACGCACUCCCGGAGGGCGGAGGCCCGUCUCGGCGGCGUCGGGAUCAACGGACUCCGAUGCGAACACCAAUACCUCCACAACUACGGCCAAUAAUGGAAAGGCUUGCGAGGAAAAAGGAACGGGGACAGCAGCGGAGGAGAAUCCCCGGUUUGUGUUCUGCAUUAAUAGUGGCGGGAAGAAAUGGACGGGGCUGGCUGGGCUGGAGAAAAAGGGGUUAAGGAUUGGGGGGUGGGAGGGGAGGCAGAGACGGGUGCUAAAUGAGGUGGUGGGAUUGGGGUUGGGGGAGGAGGAGGUCUAUACGGUUAUUUUGACGUUGGGGGUUUAUGUUGGGAGGGCGGAGGGGUGGUUGUGA